AUGUCAAAUGCACCGGAGGUUGUGCAAAGACUAAUAAAAAUGAUCAUGCGGGCUUUCUAUGAGACUCGGCAUAUCAUUUUUAUGGAUGCUGUUUUAAGACACUCUGCCUUAACUGAUGAGCAAGCUGCUAUAUUGAUGGGUAUUCCUAUCAAAGAAUGUCGCUUUCUUGCGGGUAAACUCAGAGAAGAUCGUUUAUUGGCAAUUCAGAGUAGGGCAGAAGUGAAAGAGGGACAACAAAGGCAAAUCCAGACUACGUACUUUUAUAUCGAUUAUUGCUUCACGAUCGAUAGCAUCAAAUGGCGUAUGCAUCAGUUGGUCAAAACUGUCGAAGACAGGAUGCGUAGUGAUUUUGAUUCAAAAGGUUAUGUCUGUCCGUUUUGCCAGAAGAAAUAUUCAAGCUUAGAUGUACUAUCCUUGGUGACUCCAGAAGGUACUUUCUUAUGUAGUGAUUGUGCGACAGAACUAAAGGAUGAUGAAGAAAGCGCAGAAAUGAUGUCUAGUCAAAAGCGUUUAGGCCGUUUAAUGGGUCAAGUCAGCAAAAUCAUUGAGGCUCUAAAGCAAGUAGAUGAGACGGUUGUGCCUCAGAACAAUUUCCAAACUGCACUCGAAAGAGCUGUUCCUAUAUCAGUAGAGAAUCAAACCUUUGCUUCUCAAAGCGUUCCCAAAUCCAGCGCAGAUUUACGUAAUGCUACUUCUUCACCCUCAAUUACUGUUGACUUUUCUACAGGGGCAGAGUCUGCAGAGGAUGUUCGGAUCAAGAACAUGGACAAACAAGCUGCGGCUUUGCAAAAUACUGUUCCUGAAUGGCAUGCAAUGUCUACAAUUUCUGGUGGAAUUACUAGGGUAGGAGCCAAAAAUGCUAACUAUAGCAACAAUUCUUCAGAAACGGUGGAAGAAGAGGAAGACAAAAAGAAGGAUUUCAGUACUGAAAAGUCUGCAUUAGAUGCUUACUAUGCAAGUCUACGUGCUAAGAAACAGCAUACAGACACACAACAGGAGCCUAGUGUUAAUAUUGUCGAUGAUGAGGACGAAGACGAGGAAUUUGAGGAUGUCCCAAGUCUGCCGUCUACUUCUCCGACUAAUCACGUAAAAAGAAAACAAGAAGAUCUAAAUAAGAACAAUUAUGAUGACCCUAAAAAAAUAAAAACGGAAGAUACCACGGCUAAUUAUAAUUACUUACAUACAGAAAAUUCUGAAUCGCUUAACAUAAACGAUGAUACAAAAGAACAACAUGUCAUUAUCAAUGAUAACAACGAAGAAAACGUCGACGAUGAUGAGGACGAUGCAGACUUCGAAGAUGUUUGA